AGCUGUUAACACUGACUCGGCAAACAGAGUCGAUAUGUGUGCCCGUGGGUGUGUGUCUUCGCCACGUGAUCCAGCUCGCCAAUGUCCUUCUACAACCCACUCAGCAUCAUGGCUGCGGAUGCUGCGGAUGCUCUCCUCCCGCACCGCAUCCUUGGACCAUGCCUUCUUCCCCUGCUCCUGCUGAUCGCCUCGGCUCUCCCCACACCGAGCCACGGGCUGCUGGGCUUCAGACCGGAGGCCACGGGGGGAGAUCUGUCCGUGCAGGACGGGCUGCUGAAGGCCACCGAAGGGACGCGGUUCAUGUUACGCGUGUACUAUGCAGCAUCACCGCAGAGGCUCAACCGGACCGCCAGCAGCUCCGGUGGAAGAGCCGCGCCGUGGAUCGCCUUCAUAGAGGAACCGGAGCCGGGCAGAGAGGGGCAGGUGCAUCCCAAACGCAACUUGUGCGUGGAGGAAAGCGCGAGGAGCUCGGAUAUAGAGCUUCUCGGCUCUUUCAAGUCAGCCUCUAGUCAAAACUCCAUCCUGGUGGAGCUGCUCGCCAAAGACCUCCGGAGAGGAGAGAAAAUCAAGUAUUACUCAAUCUGCGCCUUUGACGGGAUCAAGUGGGUGCAUUACCGGACGCGCGACUUCUGGCUGGCGGUGGUGGAGCGGCUGCCGCAUGCGGACGGGUGGCUUCAGGCGGGUCUGUCGGUGCUGUUGCUCGCGCUGUCCGCGCUCUUCAGCGGGCUGGUGAUCAGCAUGCUCGCGCUGGACCCGGUGGAGCUCAGAGUGCUGCAGAACAGCGGCACGGACAUGGAGCAAAAGUACGCGCACAAGAUCGAGUCGGUGCGCAAACACGGCAACUACGUCCUGUGCACCUUAGUGCUGUGCAACGUGUUUACCAACACUUUCCUGGUGGUCUGGAUGUGCCAGAUCCUCGGAGGGACGCCCGUCUCCACUGCAGCGUGCACUUUUCUCAUCUUCUUCAUCGGAGAGAUCUUUCCGCACUCGGUUGCGUCCAGGCACGGGUUGGCUAUCGCGUCUAAGACCGUGUGGCUGACCAAGAUGCUGAUGCUGCUGACUUUCCCCAUCACAUAUCCCAUCAGCAAACUCCUAGACAAUAUGCUGCACCAGGAAAUCAGCAACUUCUACACCCGGGAGAAGUUACUGGCUAUGCUGAGAGUUACCGACCCGUAUCAUGACCUGGUGAAAGAGGAGCUGAACAUCAUCCAGGGAGCUCUGGAACUCCGGAGCAAAACGGUGGAAGAUGUGCUGACCCCUCUCAACGACUGCUUCAUGCUGGCCUCGGAUGCCAUUCUGGACUUCUACACCAUGUCAGACGUGAUGCAGAGUGGAUACACUCGCAUUCCAGUGUUUGAGAACGAAAGGUCUAAUAUUGUUGAUAUUAUGUUUGUUAAAGAUCUGGCCUUUGUUGAUCCCGAUGACUGCACCCCGUUAAAAACCAUCACCCAGUUCUACAAGCACCCGCUGCACUGUGUCUUUAAUGACACCAAACUGGAUGCAAUGCUGGAACAGUUCAAGAAAGGGAAAUCUCAUUUGGCUAUCGUCCAGAGGGUCAAUAAUGAAGGAGAAGGAGAUCCUUUCUACGAAGUCAUGGGCAUCGUCACUCUGGAAGACGUCAUCGAGGAAAUCAUCAAAUCUGAGAUUGUGGACGAAACCGACCUUUACACUGAUAACCGUUCGAAGAGGAGAGUGUCUCACCAUGAGAGGAAACAGCAAGAUUUCUCCAUAUUUAAACUCUCAGAGAGUGAAAUGAAGGUCAAAGUUUCACCACAGCUUCUGCUCGCGACACAUCGCUUUCUAGCCACAGAAUUAGAGCCCUUUAAGCCAACGCAUCUCUCAGAAAAGAUCCUUCUGCGACUGAUCAAGCACCCGAGCGUUUUGCAGGAACUCAAGUUUGAUGAGAAAAACAAGCGAUCGCCAAAGCACUUCCUCUUCCUGCGCAACAAGCCUGUGGAUUAUUUCAUCCUAAUAUUGCAGGGUCGAGUCGAGGUAGAGAUCGGUAAAGAGGGACUAAAGUUUGAAAAUGGGCCGUUCACAUACUACAGCUUACCUGCUAUCAUGGCCAUCCUACCCUCAGUCCACAGGUCACCAUCGCGGAGCAGCGGUCUCAAUCAUUCGGAUACCACGAUCCACGGAGGCAGCCUGGGUCAACUGAGCAUCAGUGCAGGACCGUAUUUACCAGACUAUUCAGUUCGGCAGCUCACAGACCUACAGAUCAUUAAGAUCACUCGUAACCAUUAUCAGAACGCCCUGACAGCUACACGCAUGGACAUCUCUCCGCAAACACCCGAUGCAGACAGUCGAGCUUCUGGGGAGAGAAUGACAAUCCCAGAGACACGUUCCAACAGCAUCGCCCUUCCUCUGACUGAACCGCGGCCCUGUCUGACCCGAUUCCACCAGCACAGACGGCCAGACAGCACCACCACCCUCAAUGAGAGAAACCGCAUAGUCCGAAGUAAGUCAGAUGGACAGAAGAGCCCCAGUGACUCUGUGUUCCUCCGUAUGGAUGACAUCCCAUAUAUAAGAGAGAAUCGUGUGGAGAGAAAAGAAGGAACUGAUGCAUCGGCCGUACCCGUGGAGACGGACCUGUCUACAUCCCAGCUCAUCAGCUCUUACUCUCUGGGAGGCUCGGAUGAGAACCUGGGGAAAAAACUGCUCCGGAAACUGAGCAACAAAAAAAGAAAGAAGUCUCGUGAUGGAGAUAAACCUUUGGAGGACAAUCCUGAACAUUCUCAGGUGAAGACCUAGCAUUCAUUUUAUGGGUUUGCUUCUCUCUCGCACUCUCCUGCUUCUCCGACAAAUGUGAAAUCCUCUCCAGCCUUCCUCUGGAUCUUGAGAGAGAGAGAGAGAGAGAGAAAGCACAACCCGGUGUACACAGACCACCACAACAGGAUGUAGCAUCAUAAAGCCUCGUCUUCAGCAUUGAAACUGGACGACGCUCAAUGGCUGUUUCAACAAACCUGAAACUUUCAACAUGCAGCAAGACAUGCUUUUUUAAAUUGACGAAAUGCUACAUAACCAUUGAUAUACUACAGUUUUGAUGCCGGUUUAUGAUGAUGUCAUCUCCAGUCACUGUGGUUAUGACAGUCUGACCUCUGACCCGGGCAAAGCCAGCAAGCACAAGCCUGGAUACAUGAAGCCAACCAUCUGACCAAUGACACGGCAGAACCUUUAGUACGUCUCUAAACGUGGUCAUCUGUCAGUAGAAUUCUCUUGAAACAAAGUGUUUAUUGUGUGAUUUUAUAUCAUAUUAUGUCAGAAGUAUUUGUCAGGCUGUGCCUGGAAAUCAAUUAAGAUGAAUUUAUUAUUAUCAAAGCACUUUGAGACAGAUCAGACCCAUUUAUUUCAUAUUCUGUUGAAUAGCUAAAUGGUGGACAUAGGGAAAAAUACCUAUAUUAGGUAUAAGUGCUGUCAGAUUUUUUU